AACCCUCGGUUGGCCCGUGAAAUUUGGGCCGACCUCAGACCGCAUCUCCCGGUACUACCUGCUAUGCACCAUUCCUCCAGGACAAAUGAUAAAGUUUUUCUAGCAUUGCGACACCAAUCUACUACCACUCCCAGCAUAUGCCCCUCGGAUCUUAGAUUGGACGGUCAUCCCUGGCUAACGAGAUAUGGCAACGGCGAACAUGACGUAUCUGACGGUCGCGGCUUGUCUGAUCGCCGCUGUCGCAGCGAACACCACUCAAUACUCCAACCACACGGUGGGCGGCGCCGCUGGCUGGCUCUUCAACGCCACUACCAAAACCGCCGCCGCCAAUUACUCCGCCUGGGCCGCCUCUCAGACCUUCAACCUCGGUGACUAUCUAAUAUUCAACACGAAUACGAACCAAACGGUGAUCCAGACCUACAACGAGACGACCUACUCUAGCUGCACCAUUGACGACACAUCCGACGACGACGCCGUCCAGUACGGCGGAGGCAGCGAAAAUUUUGGCCAGCCAGCGACGAUCGCCGUCCCACUAACGAUCAAGGGCAAGAACUACUACUUCUCCGACGCCAACGACGGCUUCCAGUGCGAGCACGGGAUGGCCUUUGAGAUCUUCGUGAACCGCGGCCUCGGCCUCCCUCCGAGCCUCAAUCAGCCACCGCCGCCUCCCUACGCCCCGCCGCCAUCGCCUCCGGAAGCCCAGGCGCCGCCAGUCACGGUGAUCGGCAACCAGCCGACCGGUGGGGGGAUGAAGGUUAGUGCUAACAUCCGCUGGUUGACCAGUGCCGUGUUACUGGGAAUCCUAUGGCAGGCGUCGUAAUUUCUUCACGAUGUGGUGGCAAAGUGAGCGGUAGGGAUACGACUUACGAGACUGACUAGAAUUUGACUCGGUUCUGUUGAUUGUUUGGUUACUGGAGAGAGGAUGACUCUUUCAAGGAUAUAAAUUUUUUGUACUUCAUAUUUAAUAUCAAUUUUUAGCCUUAAAACUCCCAUUUCAUUAUGCAGAUUAUUGUGUAUUUUCAUGGUAUUAUAAUUUAAUUAUUAUAUAUUAUUAAUUUAUAA